CCCGCACUGUGCAUUUCCAUCCUAUUCCUUUUUUACUUCUACUCAGCCUUCCCACCUUAAUUCAUCCGUCUCAAUCCAUUGAAUCUCCUGGUUAUUACUAUUAUAUCGCCGACAGCGACCACAAAAAUACACCCCGCCAGGCCCUGUCCCACGAAGUCACUCAUUUACCGUCGACCCGGAACUCAAGAAUAUUUAACCUUCCCUCGGGAUCGAUGCCGACAUUACACCUCCCGGAAUAAUUCGAGUGCUGUUCCGGGAAGGACGCAAACCCAAAUUGUCCCUCGAAACCUUGCUGUGUGGACUGUGGCUGUCAGCAUCAUCACCGGCUGCGCUGCUCAGGCUCGGAACACGUUUCUGGGUCGGAUCAGCAUCUCGAGUGCAUUUAUAUGCCUCGGGCCUCGUCAUCGCAAAAGCGACAGCAGGGUGCAGCCUCGAACCAUCGCGACACCAGACACGAGAAUGGAUUGGUAGUUCCCGGGAAGCGCAUCGCCAAGCAGAAGAGUCAGAACCACUUGAAUGGCAGCGCUAGCCACCCCAGCACCAGCCCGACCAACCCAACCAACCCGACCAAUUCAGCGUCCAGUGACGAUGUGUCGUCGAUCCCGCCUGUUCCAACCACGCCGCCUAACCCGAAUGUUUACCCCAAGAAUACCGCCGACAUGUCUGCUGUGGAAUACAGGGCCGUCGAGUCGCUGCGGAGAGGAUCUCUAGGCGGCUACUCGGAGUCUUCCUCGGGUGAGUCGUUUGGACAAGGCGCCAAUGAGGACAACCACCGCCGCAUCGACGUGAAUGCGACCAAGAAUUCUAAUGUCCACCGUGAUCCCGGCCCCUUCGACUUCGCCAUGACCGUCCUCCGCUCUUGCCCCCUGCAGGAUACCAUCGCCAUUCUCAUCAUCCUGAUGCAGAUUCCUCCUAUUGCUCUCUCCGGUAUCUACAUGCUCUUCACGCUGUUGACCUUCGUGACUACCACCAGCGGCUUGACCUUGAGCGAUGUCUUUGAGUGGAAUCUGGGCGCACCCUCGGUUGCUACUGUGAUCUGCGUUGACGGCUUCGUUCUUCUGAUAUGGCUCUUUCUCUGGGGACCGAUUCAGCACGUCAUCCUCGACUUGGCCCAGAUGGUCAUCGCCCUAGGAUUAGGAGGUGGUUCAAGUUCACGAGACGGAGGUUCCAUGAAGAAUUCAAUGAUAUGUCUGAGUAUGAUUUUGCUCUCUCAUGUUUUGCGUCACACAAAAAUGAAGUACUCCCCGGUUGGCUACCUGCUUGGUUCGAGCCGCUUCAUGACUCCCGACCUCGACGUCGACGACCCUUUCAGUUCUUACGAGUCGAUGCGCGGCUAUGAUAAGGUGCGCUCCGGCUGGGUGAACUGGUUUAGGAGCAUAUUGGCCAUACAUAUUUUGACGCAGGGGCUGGUCAAGUGGAUUCGCGAUUGGUAUUUGAGGAGGGAGAGGCGGGACAACCUCGCGCAGAGCGUCGACCCAGAGGCUGGCAAACCCUAUCCGGGCGACCUUGCCAAUGACACGGGGUUUUCGACGCCCGACAGCGACACUGCUUCCGUCAUCAAUCCGCCACAACCCCCUAUAAACUCGAAAAAGAAAAGGAAACAAAGUGCCCAGAUUCGGAACGGCCAACCGCUGUGGGCCGCGAUCGCAAGCACGAAAAUUGUUGUUGUUAAAGAAUAUGAACUUUCUCAUAGCGCUGCUGAUUCCGCAGGUUCGAAUGCCACCGACAUUCACAACCUGGGUAACGCCCCAUUCAACAUUCAGCCCGAACAGAUUUGGGUUUCUUAUGUGGGCUGCGACGAAGUGUGCUUUAACACGAGCCACUUUCCAGGUCAUGUAAGCCUGGACGGUCACCAGGGUGGUACCGGGUCGUCUCGGAUUGACCUGACCAAGCCCUUCUAUGUGCGAGUCAAUAAUGCCGUUUGGCAGCCUACCCGCAUCACAGCCGUGCAGGAGUCCGAGGAAGAUGAAGCCGGCCUUGGAAUCAGGUGGAGUGGAGAUAUUUAUGGGUUGAGGCCUAUGUCGAAUUACGAAUGCGACUUCGUCAGUACUGCGACUCACGAGGUCAUCUUCUCGACAAGCGUUAGGACCGCCCAAGCCAAGACUGCGGAUAUUGAUGGCACUGUAUCCAAGGCCAAUGGACAGCGGUCUCUUCGCCCCGACUCCCCCACGACGACGCUCAAGACCUCCAUCGCCGCCGCCGAGAGCAAGCUAACAGAGGAACUGGCGCGACAGAAAGCAUUGCGAAAGGAGUGGCAUCGGAAGACCAACGCCAUGAAGAAGGAGAACGAAAAAUUGUCGAUAGCGGUUCAGUCGGCAGGUACGGGCGACGACAAGUUUCGGCAGAAAAUCCAGCAGAACACGAUUCAGCAGAAGCAGGCGGAGCAAGCCAUGACUGCCCUGGAGAACGAACUCAAGGAGCUUGGGAGUAUUCCGGAGUCCUUGAAAUCUGCAUGGAGGUCCAAGCAGGCCGAGUACAAUGCGGAGAAGGCCAGGUACGACAAGGCGCACGCCGAGUUCAAAAGCUUCAAGGCCGCUGUCGACAUCCGAGUCAAACUUCUUGCCGACGAUAAAGCCAGCUUAGAAGCCAAGAGGAACAAGAUCAAUAGCCGGAUUGCCAAGGUUGACGGGGAAUACGCUCGUAUUUCGGACGCGAAUGCGCGUGGGCUGGACGAGGCUGAACGACGUCGCCAGGAACGUGCCACUCUGGAGGCCAACAUUGCCAAAUGCGAAAGCGAGUUACUUGAAAGGAUCAACACUACCGAGUCCCGCCUGGCUGAAAAGGACCAGAUCGUCGGUGGACUCAAGACGCAGCUCGAUGCCUUCCACAGCCAGCAGCAGUCCGCCUUCUACAAUGGAACUUUCGAAUAUGACCCGUCCGCAAUUGGCCAGCUGCCUCCUGGAACCACCGCAUCCGCUCAGGGUCUUGCGGCUCCGUAUGACCCAACCACCGCUUGGAGCAACAGCGCAUACAACGCCACCCUGUGGGGGCCUUCGGUGCUUGCACCGGGCUUCGUUCCUCAACAGUCGUCUCCGUUGGCCCAGCUCCAUUCCGCGCCUCGCAGGGGCCGUUCUUCGUCGAUGCUCAGCGAUGUCUCCGGCUUUACUCAGUCUACUCAUGACGAUGAUCUACCCAUUGCCUUUGACUUGCAAGGCGGUACCGCACCUUAGAACCGUGCAGAUACGGUACCGGUACAUUCGCGACCCCCCCCAGGCCUUGUUUGAUCUGGCCCGACGGGCUGCUGCACAGCGACGCAAACUCCUGGAGGUAGGGGAAGUGCUAGGGUUCUGAUCACGUGGCUUGUGGUGCCAUCGAGGCUGUUUCUGUCUGCUUUCGGCUAGUGAAAUGGAUUAGGCUAUGCAAAAGUUAUUCUUUAUCAACUGUACAAAGCUGUGUUCGAGGUGACGUGAAUAUCUGCUGU